UUUCGAUCUUGGACUGGUCAGACUUCAGAGAGUAAAACCUUCUUAGAUUUUGUGUUCAUAUUUAAUAUACAAGUUAAACCUCACUUUUCAAUUUCAAUAACUGCUAGGGUUUAUCACUCUAUCAUCAUCAUCAUCCUCGUUAUCAUUUCUUCUCUCUUUUUCUUCUUCUUCAAUGGCGUCCAUCCCCACACAACCCAAAUUCCCUGUCUCUCAAAUCACUGCCAAGUGUCGACCUCUCUCUCCUUUUAUUCUCCGUUUCACCUCUAAGUCUUCCCAUUUCCCUCUAAAUCCUUCCUUUUCAUCACCCUCUUCCAAUCCCAACAUCAAGGCCAUCAUUUCCUGCUCCCUUUCUUCUUCCGCCGCUCCUCCUCCUCGCCGUCGCCGCCCUCAGUACAUACCCAACCAUAUUUCUGAUCCUUCCUAUGUCCGUAUCUUCGACACCACUCUCCGCGAUGGCGAGCAGUCCCCUGGCGCCACCCUCACCUCUAAGGAAAAGCUCGACAUCGCUCGUCAGUUGUCCAAGCUUGGCGUCGACAUAAUUGAGGCUGGAUUUCCUGCUGCCUCCAAGGAUGAUUUUGAGGCCGUGAAAACGAUCGCUAAAGAAGUGGGAAAUGCCGUCGAUGAGGAUGAUUAUGUGCCGGUGAUCUGUGGGUUGUCGAGGUGUAAUGAAAAGGAUAUUAGGACUGCGUGGGAGGCUGUACAGUAUGCCAAGAGGCCAAGGAUUCACACGUUUAUUGCCACAAGUCCGAUUCAUAUGCAGUACAAGUUGAAGAAGAGUAAAGAGGAGGUCUUGGAGAUUGCCAGGAAUAUGGUUAGAUUCGCCAGGAGUUUGGGGUGUGAUGAUGUCGAGUUUAGCCCUGAGGAUGCUGGCAGAUCUGACAGAGAGUUCUUGUAUCAGAUCUUGGGGGAAGUUAUCAAGGCUGGUGCAACAACUCUGAACAUACCUGACACUGUUGGGAUAACAUUGCCUAAUGAAUUUGGACAGUUAAUAGCUGAUAUAAAGGCCAAUACUCCUGGAAUAGAAAAUGUCGUCAUUUCAACACACUGCCAAAAUGAUCUUGGACUUUCUACAGCUAACACUUUAGCAGGAGCAUAUGCAGGCGCAAGACAACUUGAAGUAACAAUCAAUGGCAUUGGUGAGAGAGCUGGAAAUGCUUCAUUGGAGGAGGUUGUAAUGGCCAUAAAAUGUCGUGGAGAGCAUGUUUUAGGAGGUCUUUAUACUGGAAUCAAUCCUAAACGCAUCACUAUGGCAAGCAAGAUGGUAGAAGAGUACACUGGAUUGCAGUUGCAACCACACAAGGCUAUUGUUGGUGCUAAUGCUUUUGCUCAUGAGAGCGGCAUACAUCAGGAUGGAAUGCUGAAACAUAAAGGUACAUAUGAGAUUAUAUCUCCUGAAGAUAUUGGGCUUGAACGAUCCAAUGAUGCAGGGAUUGUCCUUGGAAAACUCAGUGGCCGGCAUGCUCUGAAAGAUCGAUUAAACGAGCUUGGUUAUGAAUUGAAUGAUGAGCAACUAGGCAAUAUCUUUUGGCGUUUCAAGGCAAUAGCUGAACAAAAAAAGGCGGAUCUUGUAACUGUGAUUUCUCCUUCACCCUGAUCACCACCACUGUCACCAUCAUCAUCACUAUUAGAGUUGGAUAAAAUAAAACAAUCAUCAUCACCGGUACUACUUCGUCCUUGAGUUUGAGCGGCAGAUACAAAUCGUGAUGGAGCAUUUUUAUCAAUACCCGCCUCUUCAUCAUUCAACCAUAGAUUUGGUUGCCUAUCAAGCAAUGGAGAUUUUCUUUCCUCCAACCAAGAGUUUUACGGAUCAUCUUCUCCAAAAAUAUAAUCCAAAUUAAUUGGAUCAUAGCUCCUAUCUAACUCUUGUUGGCUUUUUCUUGUCACAUUUCUAACUUUCAGUCUCAUGUUGUAGUGUACAAAGACAAGUGCAUGGAAUUUUUGAUACUUCAGUAUGUUUUUGUCUUUGUGUGAAUUAGGGAAAAUAUGCUCCAAUUUCUUGCGCAGUUGGCUCAACAUUUUGAUAGCAAUUUUUCUCAACUCAAGAGCUCUUUCUCUAUAAUUAAUUCACUCCUCAGUUGCAAAAUAUUUUUAAAUUUUUAUUAUUUUAGUAAAUUUUGUUGUAUAAAAAUGAAUGAAAAAAAAUAAUUUAUACUUAUUUUAUAAACUUAGUACAUGGAUUAGUGAACUUAAUUGUCUUUUGCGCCAAAACUGUUUUAAAACUCUAUUUUGUCCCCAAAAAAUAGGGCGUACAUAUUCCAAAUUCCAGUAAUUUAACUUAAGUUCAAGAGCAACAGUUCAAGUUUCAAGCCUUCAACUACACUAACACAUAAUAACACAGUAAUACUUAAGAAUUAGCUUGUUACUUGAUUUAAUGCUUUUCCUUAAUUUACUAAAUCUCCCUCUAGACGUUGAAUCACAUUUUCUGAGACCCAACAUGAUCUUAUUAUCAUUUUCAAUAUUAUGUGGGCUAUAUUGAUAUUGAGGAUUUAAAAAAUACCCUGCAAAAUAAAAUAUAAAAAUAAAUAAUAAGUUAUCUUUUAAUUUAAUAAUUUAAUUUUCUAAACUAUCAAAUUAUAAUACACAAUAUUCUUACCAGUCAUGAUGCAAUUAAAAAUUUCAUUUAUGGUCGAUUAUUCUCCAAUAUUUUAACUAGCUUUUGGAAUUUUUUUAAAUAGCAAACUUUGCUCGCUCCAUUGCCUCAUAUAUAAAUCCUAUUGUUGGCUUGUCAUCCUCAUCAACUAAUCUUAGAACCUUCAGGAGAGGUUCUUGAACUUUCAUUAUUUGUUGUGCCCUCUUCCAAAAGUUUCUUCCUUCACUGCUUCAGCCAAGCACAAUUUUAUUGGCUUCAUCUGCUGGUUCACUUGUUGCUUGUUCAUAUUUACUCAUUAUCCAUUGCUCUGAUUCGAACAUAUUCUUUAGUCACACGCUAUAAUGGACAAUAGACUCUAAAGCAAUGAAAUUUGUGGCAAAUCUAGUGAUGCCAAGUCGAAUAAUAUCUUUAUUGUCCGUGAAUUUCUUCAUAUAAUUGACCACCCAAUUAUGAUUAUAAAUAAGUUGAAUAAUUACUUUGGCUUAGUCAAUUAUUUUUUUCACUUUCUUCUUUUCAAUAUCUUUUAAAAUCAAAUCAAUACAAUCAGCACUACAAUUAGUCCAAUAUAGAUUAGGAAAUUUCUCCAUCAAUUUCUUUCCUCCUAAUUUAAUAGUAGCUUUGUUGUCCGUUACCAUUUGGACAACUUUUUCGGGGCCUAUUUCUUCCACUACUUCUUUCAUAAUUUUGAAGUAGUAUUUUCCAUUUUUAUAUUUCACAUUGGAUGCAUAAUAACUGUGGAACACUGCCUCUAUUUUAGUAGAUAAGGAAAUUUACUACACUUAUACGAGUUGGUCCACUCCAACCAUCACACAUUAUAGUAAAUCUCCUCUUCUUCCGUAUCCCAUCAAAUGAGAUUAUAUAUUUUUUCAUUUCAUUAUAUUCAUUUUUUAAAUAAAUUUCUGCAAUUUCAUAAGCACUAGGUAGAGACACUAAUAUUAGAUUUGAUUGCUGCUACUAUUAUUAAAAGUGGCUUUGUCCACGUCGACUCAACAAUACUGAAGGGAAGCUUAUUAUGUAUAACAAAAUUUUCAAAUGUUUUCAACAUUUUCUCCUUAUGUGUCUUCAACCAUUUAGUUUUUAAUUUUGGCCGCUUUUGUUACGCUUUGCUUUUCUCUAAUUCAACUUCUGUAGCAGCCAACCGAGAUGUCAGUGUCUGCAUAUCUACCUCUCUUACGUGUAGUAGCAGAACGACCCAACACUUGUUUGCUACUACCACCAACAUCAAAUCUAGAUCCAAUUCUCUCCUUCUGAAUUCAUCUUUUUCUAACUGUUUCAUGCUCGCCCGUCUCGUCAUUCCCAUUUCGAUGUCCUCCGCCUCCUAAUCAUUUUCAAUUCUAUUUAUAUUCAUAAUUUCUUUCUCUAAUUUCUUUCUCUUUUUUCUUUAUCCUUUUUAGCCAAUUGGUAUUCUUUCAGGACAAUGGCCAUAUCCUUCCUAACUUGGGAAGAAACUUUAUGACAAAUUGCAAUUUGACCAGAUAUAUUAGCUAAGUGCAACUUCAAUUUUGUUGUUCUGCCUAUGACUUUUCUUCCACAGAAAUUGCAAAUCAUUUCUACUUUUUUCCCUAUAGGUAUUGUAAACAUCCACUCAAUAUCAUCACUUGGUUUACCACCCUCCUGAGUAGAAUCAGAACCACAAGACAUUUUAUAUAUUUAAUAACUAUUCAUAAAAAUUAAAAGAUGUCAAAUGUCAAAUACAUGCAAGGUAAAUUUUUUUUUUCAUAACUAAUAUUUUGAUAUUAACCUAACUCUAUAGUCUAUACAUUAAUUUAAUUUCUAUUUAACACAAAUUAUAUAGAUAUAAAAUUUUUAAUUAUCAAACUACAAGUCUUACUCUUAGUCUACAAUUAUUAAUUUAACUCAAAGCUAACACUUUAAUUCACAAAAAUUAAACAAAAAAAAUACAGCAACUAAAAAUAAUUUAAUUUCAUAAUAAUUUCUGAAAAAUAGUCUAAACUAACUAAAAUCAUAUAAUUUUUAUAGAUCAGACAAAAUUAAUAGCUCAAAAUAUAAUUUUAGUACAAAUAACUUACUGUAAUCCACAAAAAUUAAAAAAAGUAGAAUAAAAUAAAACAUAACUAAAAUUAAUUUAAUUUCAUAAUAAUUUUUAAAAAAUAGUCUAAACUAACAAAAACCAUAUAAUCUUUAUGGAUUGGACAAACUAAUAGCUCAAUGUAUAUUUUUAAUUCAAAACUACAAAUUUAAUCUACAAAAAUAAAAAAAAAAUACAAAAAAUAUAGCAGCUGAAAGUAAAUAUACAGAAAUAUUAACUCACGUUUGAGAAGAAAUUAGCUUGAAAUGAAAUAGUUAAUGGUAGAUCUAAGAGAAAUUUUUAGAGAAGCUUGAGAUAUUUGAGAGAAAAGGAAGUGAAAGUUAGAAAAUUUAGUUUGAAAUGAGUUGCUCAACUUAUUGUGCUGCUUGCUCGAGAAAAAGGAAAAAAAUGGUAAUGAAUAGCUGGCUCCAGCAGAAAAAGUGAAAAAUCUGGCUAGAUUUUCUGAAUUUUGGGUUAAAGUAACGGCUGUUACCAUUAUAUCUAACAGCCGUUACCGUUACGUAAUGGACGUUACGGCGGCAAUUCAAAGGGGCCGUUGGGUAAUGGCCCCCCUUAAUACGACACUAUGCAAAUUUUUUAAAAUAAUUUGCAAAGUUCGUAAAAUGAAUUAUUAUUGAUAGAUAUAAGUUAGAAUAAUGUAUAUACAACUAUAUAAUAAAUAUAAAUAUAUCAAAUAUAGACUCUAUAACUUAAAUUAAACAUCAUUAUAAUAAACUAAUGUAAUGAAAUUAAGCAAUACAUUGCAAAUCAAUUACAGAAACAAAAUUUUUAUUAAUAAAAAUUUCAACCUUUUUUACCCUAACCUAUACCUUCAUUUUUAUUUAUAGUAACUAACAUAGAUAUUAAAUUUAGAACUUGUCCUAAAUAUUGAACUACAAUUAUAAAUAAUUAACGUAGAUGUUAAAAAAAGGAAUGCAGAAAAACAAAUUAUAAAAAUAAAAGCUAAAAAUAGAAAAAUAAACUAAUCUUUUAAUAGAAAGACACUAAGAAAUAAAGUAGUAUCUGAUGGAUCUAAGCUUAUAAGAAAAA